AUGGGACAGAUUUUGGGAAAGAUCAUCAUGAGCCAUCAACCGCAGCCCCAGGAAGAGCAGAGCCCCCAGCGGAGCACCUCAGGGUACCCCCUCCAGGAGGUGGUGGAUGAUGAAGUGUCGGGACCAUCAGCCCCUGGGGUAGAUCCCAGCCCCCCACGUAGGUCCCUUGGCUGGAAAAGGAAGAGGGAGUGUUUGGAUGAAUCUGACGAUGAGCCAGAGCAGGAGCUCGCCCCUGAGCCUGAGGAGACCUGGGUGGCGGAGACGCUGUGUGGCCUCAAGAUGAAGGCGAAGCGACGGCGAGUGUCGCUCGUGCUCCCUGAGUACUACGAGGCCUUCAACAGGCUGCUUGAGGAUCCUGUCAUUAAAAGAUUCCUGGCCUGGGACAAAGAUCUGAGGGUGUCGGACAAGUAUCUCCUGGCUAUGGUCAUAGCGUAUUUCAGCCGGGCCGGCCUCCCCUCCUGGCAAUACCAACGCAUUCAUUUCUUCCUGGCUCUCUAUCUGGCCAAUGACAUGGAGGAGGACGACGAGGCCCCCAAACAAAAGAUCUUCUACUUCCUGUACGGGAAGACCCGCUCUCGCAUACCCUUGCUCCCUAAGCUUUGGUUCCAGUUAUGCCGUUACAUGAACCCGAGGGCCAGGAAGAACUGCUCUCAGAUAGCCUUGUUCCAGAAGCGUCGGUUCCAGUUCUUCUGUUCCAUGCGCUGCAGGGCUUGGGUUUCCCCGGAGGAGUUGGAGGAGAUCCAGGCUUAUGACCCAGAGCACUGGGUGUGGGCGCGAGAUCGCGCCCACCUUUCCUAGAGCUCCAGGGACCGUGGAGGCCUGAGGUCAUCGGCCUGAGAGAAGAACACCGGACCCAGGGGAGAUGUGGAUUUUCAGCAGGAACUUUAUUCCAGUGCUAAUGGCAGACAUCAGGAAGGAGGAGAGGAACCAUUUGUGCAGAUCACCUAGAAGAACCUGGACCAUUCUUGACAGAGCUGAAUACAGUGAUCACGUUGUCCUCCAAGGAGCAGGGGUGGGGUGGGGUACUUCUAGGAGUCCUUGGAGAAAAGUAAGAAACCAGGAGUGUUUCCAGUUCCACCCUUUCCUGCGGCACCACCUCCCUUUUUAUAUUGCUGAAUGCCAACCUCCCUGGGACGGAACCUGGAGGUCCUGUUUCUUACGGACUUGCUUGCCACAGUCCAGGAGCAUUUGAAGGCAAAGUGCAGGGGCUCAGAUUGGCACAGAAUUCUUUGUGAAAUAUGAGUGCCACAGACUGUAACAGAUAGCUUCAUGCACACUAUGCAUUUUAUUGGUUUGUUUGGAAAAUGUUGGCCAUUGAAUUAUUAAUAGGUUUAUUUCAAAUAGUUUGGAAAUUGUUGUACUUUUGAAAACAUGCUGUUCCUGUAGAGUUCUUUGAUGAGAGUUAUAGUUGUUAUAUAUACAUAAAGAUAAUUUUCUUUUCAUUUUUAA